UUAGAUGAACAAUGUACUACAACAAGUUGCAGUCUAAGUCACUUUUCAAUGAAGUGAUUCACACAUCCACCAAACUGAUUUUGCAACUUCCCACCAUACCCUUAUUUUUCUUAGCCUUAUGAACAAGUUUUGCAGCUAUAAAUGUAUUCCUUUUCUGGCUUCAAAAGCAGCAUUCACUUGAGCCAGGUUCGUUGCAGAAAAAGGAGUGUGUUUUUGGAGUAGUAUUUUAUGAUUGGUAUAUCAGCUACAAUGGAGGAUAAAAGCGAGUUGAAAGAAGAGAAGAAAUGGUGGAAAACAUGGAUAGAAAAAAUGGGGAAUUGGCUGGGAAUUAACGUGAACAAGGAUGAAUGGCUGAAGGACAUGAGAGGGAAUCUGAGUUUGGCUGCAACCAUAAUCACAACAAUGACCUUUCAAACUGCUAUAAAUCCACCAGGUGGUGUUAGACCAGCGAAAGAGACUGGACAUGUCAAAUGUAGAGGAUCUGAAGAUGGUAAUCUAUGCCCUGGUGAAGCAGUUCUAGCUGCACUUUACCCAACUGUGUAUUACAGAUUCCUUCUGUCCAACACUGUAUGCUUCGUUUCAUCCUUAGCUGUGUGCCUUUUGCUUGUGAGUGGCUUCCCUCUGAAUCACAGAUUUUUCACGUGGCUUCUGUCAAUAGGCACCUGCAUCACCAUGACCAGCCUCGCUAUGACCUACAAGCUUGCUGCAGAUAUGGUCACACCUGCUCCCGUCUGGGAAGCCAACGAUACUACCGUCUUUGAUAAAGUCAUUUUCAUUUGGCUUUCACUCCUAGGACUAGUCACACUUGUCCUUUUUCUGCGCUUCUUUGUUUGGAUUUUCACUAAAUUCAUUGACAAACGUAAACCAUGAACUUCUGCUCAUGCACUCUCCUCUACUGUACGUUGCAUGCAUAUCUUAUUGUUAUGCAAUAUCCCUUUGUAAUUCAGUAGUUUGCGUUUGAAUCUUUGAACUAUGUAUCAAUGUUUCUCUAUAAUCAUCUUUUUGUUAGUGUUUAUGCUAUAAUAAUCUUGAUGUUUUCUGUC